AUGCCGCCGGCGACCAUGGCUCCUCCUCCUUCGCAGCAGCAGCAGCAGGGCUCCUCCACAGGGGAUCCGCUCUUCGACGAACUGUGGCACGCCUGCGCGGGGCCGCUCGUGACCGUCCCGCGCAUCGGCGACCUCGUGUUCUACUUCCCGCAGGGGCACAUCGAGCAGGUCGAGGCGUCCAUGAACCAGGUCGCCGACGGCCAGAUGCGCCUCUACGAGCUGCCCUCCAAGCUGCUCUGCCGUGUCCUCAACGUCGAGCUCAAGGCGGAGCAAGACACCGACGAGGUAUACGCACAGAUCAUGCUCAUGCCGGAGCCCGAGCAAAAUGAGAUGGCGGUGGAGAAGACGACUCCUACGUCGGGCCCUGUGCAGGCGAGGCCGCCGGUGAGGUCCUUCUGCAAGACGCUCACCGCAUCUGACACCAGCACACAUGGCGGCUUCUCUGUGCUGCGCCGCCAUGCUGAUGAGUGCCUCCCUCCUCUGGACAUGACCCAGUCGCCACCCACACAGGAGCUCGUGGCAAAGGAUCUGCACGGCAUGGACUGGCGCUUCCGCCACAUCUUUCGUGGGCAACCAAGGAGGCAUCUCCUUCAGAGUGGUUGGAGUGUUUUUGUCAGUUCCAAAAGGCUUGUUGCUGGGGAUGCUUUCAUUUUCCUCAGAGGCGAGAACGGUGAGCUCCGUGUUGGUGUUAGACGAGCUAUGAGGCAGUUGUCCAAUGUGCCAUCGUCAGUCAUAUCUAGUCAAAGCAUGCACCUUGGAGUCCUUGCUACUGCAUGGCAUGCUAUCAACACGAAGAGUAUGUUCACUGUCUACUACAAACCUAGGACGAGCCCUUCAGAGUUCAUUAUACCUUAUGAUCAGUAUAUGGAGUCUGCCAAAAACAAUUAUUCUGUUGGGAUGAGGUUCAGAAUGAGGUUUGAAGGAGAGGAGGCACCAGAGCAGAGAUUUACGGGUACUAUAAUAGGCAGUGAGAAUCUCGACACAAUGUGGCCUGACUCAAGUUGGAGAUCCUUGAAGGUGCGGUGGGAUGAGCCAUCAACUAUUCCACGGCCCGAUAGAGUCUCUCCUUGGAAAAUAGAGCCUGCCUCAUCGCCUCCUGUUAACCCCCUUCCUCUUUCUAGGGUUAAAAGAAGUAGACCAAAUGCUCCUCCAGCAUCUCCUGAAUCUCCUAUUCUUACAAAAGAAGCUGCUACUAAGGUUGAUAUUGAUUCUGCUCAAGCACAACGAAGUCAAAACAACAUGGUCUUGCAAGGUCAAGAGCAAAUGACCUUGAGGAACAACCUUACUGACAGUAAUGACCCUGAUGCCGCUGCUCCUAAGCCAAUGAUGUGGUCUCCAUCACCAAAUGGGGCAAAACCCCAUCCCUUGUCCUUUCAGCAGAGACCCCCUAUGGAUAGUUGGAUGCAGCUGGGAAGGCGUGAAAACGACUUUAAGGAUCCCCGUUCUGGCUCUCAGUCUUUUGGCGAUUCCAGUGGCUUCUUUGUGCAGAACUUUGAUGAGGCUCCUAACCGUCUUAGUUCGUUCAAGAACCAGUUUCAGGAUCAAGGUUCUGCUCGGCACUUCUCUGACCCAUACUUCUUUGUAUCUCCACAGCCUUCCCUAACUGUUGAAUCAAGCACACAGAUGCACACAGACAGUAAGGAGUUGCACUUCUGGAAUGGCCAAAGCACUGUGUACAACUCAAGAGACCAACCACAGAAUUUCAGAUUUGAACAGAACUCAUCUAGUUGGUUGAAUCAGUCAUUUUCCCGACCUGAGCAGCCAAGAGUGAUUAGACCGCAUGCAUCAAUAGCUCCUGUUGAACUGGAAAAAACAGGAGAAGGCAGUGGGUUUAAGAUUUUUGGGUUUAAAGUUGAUACCACCAAUGCUCCUAACAAUCACUUGAGCUCCCCGAUGGCUGCAACACAUGAGCCUAUGAUACAAACUCCAUCAUCAUUGAAUCAGUUGCAAUCUGCACAAACUGAUUGCAUUCCUGAGGUAUCUGUAAGCACAGCUGGGACGGCAACUGAGAAUGAGAAAAGUGCUCAGCAAGCUCAACAGAGUUCAAAAGAUGUUCAAAGCAAGUCUCAGGGUGCUUCGACGAGGAGUUGUACAAAGGUCCAUAAGCAAGGUGUUGCACUUGGCAGAUCGGUGGAUCUCUCAAAGUUCAGUAACUAUGAUGAACUCAAAGCUGAGCUAGACAAGAUGUUCGAAUUUGAAGGUGAAUUGGUGUCGUCAAACAAAAACUGGCAGAUUGUUUAUACUGAUAAUGAGGGUGAUAUGAUGCUUGUUGGAGAUGACCCAUGGGAAGAGUUCUGCAGCAUUGUGCGGAAGAUUUAUAUUUACACCAAGGAGGAGGUCCAGAAGAUGAAUUCAAAGUCAAAUACCCCAAGGAAAGAGGACUCUACAGAAAACGAGAAAAGUCAUCUCCCAGUGUUACACAAAUCAGACAACUAGGUUCAGUGAAGCGAUGUUACAAGAGGUAGUAGAUCGCAUGGAGAGAUAUGCCUUGCUGCCGUGCUGCGGGUCCCAGCCAAGUAAACUCCUGAUGUGUUGGUGAUCUCCCCCUUCUUUUGCUUGUCUGAUGCAAAUGCAACGCAAACCUAUGGCUCCCUUUAGCUAGUAGAUGAUGUAGACUGCCUGUUGUUUAUCCUUUGUUUUUUUUCCCCUUAUCUUGGCAGAAAGAUUUAGGGCCAAGAUUAUUACUAUUGCUAUUGCCCCCUCAACUCCCCAACUUUUCUGAUGUAAAUAUUUAUCUACGUAGCCAGCUACCCAGAAGUAGUAGAGCAGCAGUAGAAGAGAGUACCUACCUACCUGUAUUAACCAGCAGCAGCCUGUUCCCCGGGAUAAAUUUGUGUAAGCUUUGUAGCUCGAGAUAAGAAAAAAAAUGGCGAACGAACCAACCAGCAAAUGGCGUAUGUAUUUGCCUGAUCAUGAAAUAUAUAUAUAUUUAUGAAUGUAUCAUACUGGAUGGAUGAUAUA